GUUUCUAUUCCAUUUUAAAAAUCUGUGUUACGAAACAUUUUUUGAUGCUUUAUUUCGUUGGGAAGGCACCAAAAUCACCGAUCAGCAACGAUGAACUCAGAAGAUAGGGUUGUGAAUUUUUUUCCAGGGCCAAGUGCUCUUCCCACAGAGGUGUUGCAGCAAGCUGCCAAAGAAAUGUUCAACUACAAAGGCAUUGGUUAUGGUGUUAUGGAAAUGAGUCAUCGAUCAAAAGAAUUUGUCAAUAUUUGUCAGGAGGCAGAAUUUGACUUACGGAAAUUAAUGGAUAUUCCAGACGAAUACAAAAUUUUGUUUCUGCAAGGUGGUUGUACAGGCAUGUUUGCUGCAGUUCCAUUAAAUCUUUUAUCAGUGUCUGGCAAAGCAGAUUAUAUUGUUACCGGUACCUGGUCAGAAAAGGCUGCACUAGAGGCUACCAAAUAUGGUGAAGUUAAUUGGGUUGUUCCAAAACCAGACAAAUAUCUGGGUGUACCACCAGUUAGUGAAUGGAAACUGUCAGAAGAGGCAGAUUAUGUGUAUUACUGCAGUAAUGAAACUGUUGGAGGAGUUGAAUUCAACUUUAUUCCUGAUACAAAAGGAAAACCUUUGGUAUGUGAUAUGUCAUCGAACAUCAUGACAAGAGAAUUCGACAUCACAAAAUUUGACUGCAUUGUGGCUGGAGCACAAAAAUUGCUUGGGCCUGCUGGUGUUACAAUGGUGAUAGUUCGAGAAUCAUUUCUUGGGCGAGAACGUGCAGAGUGUCCAACCAUCUGGAACUUUAAAAAACAAGCUGAACUUGAAUCGAGACUUAACACUCCUCCGUGUUACAGCAUUUACAUCACUGGGCUGGUUUUCAAGUGGAUGUUAAAAGUUGGGGGAGUUAAAUAUUUCGAAGAAGAAAAUAUUAAAAAAUCAAAAUUGUUAUAUAAAACGAUGGAAGACUCGAAAGGAUUUUACACAGCUGUGAUUAACAAGGACUCGCAAUCCCGUGUAAAUAUCCCGUUUCGUGUUGGUGGUCCAAGAGGAGACGAUGUUAUGGAGAAGAAAUUUGUACAAGAAGCAAAGAAUAUGGGUUUAGAUGGACUGAGCGGACAUAGAUCGGUUGGUGGAUGUCGUGUGUCCAUGUACAAUGUCAUCACGCUAAAAGAUGUCCAACAACUCUGCGCUUUCAUGGAAAGUUUUCAGUUACAAAAUCAAAACUAAAUGACUCUUUCACUUGCAUUUUAUACGAAUUUUUACCUUUCCUAAGAAUUUUAUUUAUAUGUAGAUAUGUGUAAUAUUUAUGGGUGAAUAAGAAUAGUAUAAAUAAUGUGAAAUGUUUUUAAA